CGGGCAUUUCCUUAAGAAGUUCAAGAUGGCGACCCGCAUGCAGGAUCGAGCCCAUUCUGCAGAGUCGGAGGAUGAAGAGGCGUUUGUUUACAUCUUUGACCGCAGAAAAGGCGAUGCACCCGAACAAAAAAUCCCCACAGGGGGUCUUUUCAAUUUCGAGAAUUUUCACUCCAAGCUUGCUGAGCACUUUGAUCUGGACGAAGGCGAGAAUUACGUGAUUACUACCACCAAUAGGGAGCCCAUCUUUGAUGAUGAUACGUGGGAUCUUGUGGACAAUGGAGAGACAUUGUACCUGCUGCGAGCAGUGGACCAAGAUCUUCCAGCCCAGGCCCAGGAGAGAGUGAACUAUCUGCCUCAUUAUGACACUAUAGUCAAGGGAGGGAUGUAUGAGUACUACGCAUCUGAAGGACAGAACCCAUUACCCUAUGCAUUUGCUGAACUAAUAGACAAUGCUCUGGCUGCCACAGCUAACAAUGUGGGCUCAAGGCAGAUAGAAAUAAGACUGCAUUUUGAUGAUGUGACCCCGUCUAAAAGCGUGGUUCUGGUGGUGGACAAUGGGAAGGGGAUGUCUUCCAGACAGCUAAAUAACUGGGCUAUUUAUAGGCUUUCCAAAUUUAUUAGAAAAGACCAAAGAGGAAAACUUGUUCCAGGGGAGGAGAUUGAACCCAGCAGUGUUGACACACCACAGGUUCCGAGAUCUCUCAACUCUGAUAUCUCUUACUUCGGUGUGGGAGGAAAACAGGCCAUAUUCUUUAUUGGGUCAUCAACACGGAUGAUCACAAAGCCAAGAGAGUCCAAAGAUGUCCAUGAGCUGACUAUAUCUAAGGAGGAGUUUGAGAGGAAAGAAAAGAACAAAGAGGCCAUAUACAGUGGCUACAUAAGGAAUAGAAAGCCUGGUGAUGUGAGCCACAUCCCUGCGGAGGAGGAGACAAUACGACAGCUGAUAGAGGAGGAGCUGGGCAAGACCAGCUUCACCGCCGUGGCCAUCCAGGGCAUCAACCCACAGCACAUACCAUAUCUCAAAGGGAAUCUCACACAGUGGACAAGGCAGCUAGCGCACAUUUACCACUAUUAUAUUCAUGGUCCCAAUGGCAAUCAGAAACAUGGUGACAGUAAAACCAGAGCUCCAAGCCCCUUUAUGAAUAUAGAUAUUCAGGUCAAAGUGUACACCAAAGGCAACAGUGUUCCCAAACAGAUUGACUUACGUGACAUAGAGGAUGACAUGCAGACCCUGUUUAUCCGCACAGCAGCCAGUACUUUUGAGUUCAAGGCCAGUGUGGAGGGGAUGGGCCGCGUGGAGGGUGUGAUGAGAUACCACCCAUUUCUCUAUGAGAGGGAGACCUACCCACCAGAUGUUAAUAUGACAUUUUUUGAGGCAGACAUAGAAGAUGAGCAUGAUUACGCCAUUGAUAUUCGUCCUGCCAGAGGCAAGAGGCCCAUCUUUGAAUGUUACUGGAAUGGCAGGCUGAUACCUUAUACCACAGUGGAAGAAUUUGAAUGGUGCAGUGCCCCUAAGAAGAGCAAGCAGAUCUAUGUUCCCACUGAGUGCUACAAUAGGGUGUCUGGGGUCUUGUUUACUAAUGAUCAGUUUCAAGUCAGUACAAACAAACUGACCUUCCUGGACUUGGAGAUGAAGUUGAGGGACAAGAACACUGCCUUCAGUAGGAUCAGUGGGACCCAAGAAAAAAGAACCCAGAUAGAGAAAGACUUCUUUGCCUGGCUGAAAGAGUGCCAUGAGCAGUGUGACAAGCAGGUCCGGUUCAGUGGGUUCAAAGGGGUGGUCACGCGGCUAGACCUGCCCAAGAACAAACAGUACCCCUGGUCAGAGUUCACAGAGAUAGAAUGGGAUGGAAAACUAUUUCAAGUUGGGCAGCUGGUGAAAGUGGUGAAGACAGUACCCAUAGUGUAUGGAGCAGUGAACAGGUUUCUUCUACAUGGAGAAUAUGAUGGAGAGGUGUAUGCCACUGGUGGGGAUGUGGAGAUUGUUCAGGAACCCAGAAGUUUAUACGAUGAAGUGAAGAUCUUCCCACUGGUCAAGCUGGACCGCACAGCCUGGUCUGCCCUGAUCACCAAGUAUAUAGAAGAUGAAGAGGCCAAGCUGCCCAGUGAACUGCUGGUGUCAUGGCCAGAGGGAGAUGAGGUGAAAGAUGGAGAUAAAAGACCAGCUGGAAAGACACUAGGGGACAUCAAGGUGGAGAUCGCCAACAAGAGAGGAGAGCUGAUCAGUAAACUUCCAGGAUCAUCUGCAAAACGGCUGCUCAUGGAACUGAAGAUUGUAUGGCAUGAAAACAUCCGUAACCUUGGUGCCCACACACUUGUCUUACAGACAGUGCUCAAUGAGAGUGGAAACAAAAUGUUUGCAGGCAGAGAGUUACCAUCACACACCAUCAAGUUUACUGUGACAGAGGCCCCACCAGCCAAGUUCUCUGUGGGCUUCCUAGAUGGUCCAUUCAGGAUUGGGGUGCCAUUCCAGAUCCCUCUGGAGUUCCAGGAUGAGUUCAACAACCCCACCAAGCCCGGCAAGGAGCUGGUGCCCACACUGGAGGCCAGUGGGUUAGAUCUUAGUUUUGAAGGCAGCCAUGUCCGAGGCAAUGCACUGGUCAUCAAAGGGGUGGUAGCCAAGGGUGCUGUGGCCAGUAGCCAGGGAAAGAGUUUUAGUCUAAAAGUGACAAUCCCUGGGCUAGAAGAGGACUCUCACACCAUGAAGAUCCGUCUCCUGCCAGGUUCCCCGGCAUCCCUAGGUGUCAGCCCCAGUGAGGACAUCACUGUGGAGAAUGGACAGCCUGUGGCCUUUGAUGUCCAGGUGUUAGACUGUUCAGGGAAUUUUGUGGGCCCUACCAACACCCCAUCCUACAGCGUGGUCUGCUCCAGCACUGGGCAGGGCACUCUCACUGGGGGACCCAUCCACAUCAAAGACAUCAAAGGACAGAUGGUGAUUACAGCAAAAAUAGAAUUACAGCAUAUGAAAGAAAUCAAGGCAGUGGAGAGAAAGAUCUCAGUACUUCCAAGUUCCAAGGCAGCAAAGAUGGUGCUUACAUAUGUGGAUGCAGAUGAGAAAACUGUAGAAAUUAAGAAUGGUUCAGAAGUUAUAGGGGUUGCUGGGGAAUAUAUAAAAGAUUUAGCCUUCACUCUGAUGGAUGAGGCAGGCAAGCAGUUGAAGGUGGAUGGCAUCCUUGCUGGCAAAAUCAAAGUUAACUGGACACCUAAACUGUCCAAAGAUAUUGUCCAGAGUGGUCAUUUUCCAGAUAUCAAAAUCCCCAACUCAGUCCAUGACAGCAAAUACUGCCACAUCAACAUCACUGGGGAUUCUGAUCUGGAGUUUUCUUUUACUGUCAAGGGAAUAACAGGUGAGCCAGCCCAGAUCAAAUGUAAAUGCAGUGAUGGCCAUAUUGGAAAAGUUCGCCUGGGAGAAGUCAUGGAAUCUCACAUUCUAGUCCGUCUGCAGGAUAAAUAUGGAAAUGAUAUUCAGAAGCUUUAUCACGGCAUCUUAAGGGAUCUGUCUGUGACAGCAGAGGGCUUGCUGGUAGAAGAGACUGUAAGAGCUCUUGGCCAGAAUUGCAGUUUUGACAUUGAGGGUAUAAAGUUCAGAGAUGUUGGUCUUGGACCAAAGGAAGUAUGUGUGAGGUGGAAGGAGCUGGUGGAUUAUGUCAGGGUGGAAGUGACCGCAGGAAAACCAACACAGAUGACACUACGUGACUGGAAGACUGAUCAGACUGUCAGUGUGUUCAAUGACUGUAAACUCCCCAAGCCACUAGUGCUGCAGCUGUGUGACGAGGCCGGCAACCCCUCCUCUGAGGCAGAUGUCAGGGUGCAGCUUUACAAAGACCCCGGCAUAAAGCUGACCCCAGUGCCACAGCCUAUAAAGACAGAUAGUCAUGGUGUGGCCAGCUUUGGUGUCAUGACAGUGACUGGGAAACAAGGAGUCUAUGAGAUCCAACCCAAGGCAUUCCAGGGCAGGCUGACCAUAGCAGGACCCAAGAUCAAAAUCUCAAUAUCUGCAGACUCCAGUAAGCCAGUGGCUAUAGCAGUGGACUAUGAUAAGAGUGCAAUGUACACUGCAGGAGGAACAUUGCCUGAGUUCAAAGUGUGUAUCCAGGCGGAGGACGGCAGUCUGCUGGCAGGGGCCAAACCUGCCAACAUUGCCCUCAAAAUGUGGAAGUCAGAAGGCAAGAUGGAGGACAGACCCCCUGUGAAGGCUCAGUCUUCUGUCCCAGAUGCCAGAAAGAAGUCAGACGCACCAGGGACAUUUUUGUUCUCUAAGAGGAAAGUCCCAGAAUUGAUAGGAACGUACCAUAUCAUGUUUGUGUACAAGGACAGCAGCUGGGAAUUGCUCAGUAAUUUGAUAGUGAUCUGUGUGAAGGCAGGUCCCCCCAGUAAACUGGUUCCACUGGAGGACACAGGUACAUACACAGUGUCUAACACACAGAAGCUGACCAGCAGGUGCCUCAUCCGCUCUCUACACAUGGAGCUCAGGGACAACUACAAUAACCCAUCUGGCCUAGAAGUUGAAGGGAAAGUGUACAUUGAAGUGACUUGUAACUCCAAAGUCAGUGAGAUUCCAAAGUUAGCAGGGAAAGCUAGUCGAGUGGAAGUGUCCAUGGUGGGGGGAAAAGCUACAAUACAGAAUCUGUACAUUCAUGAGAACACAGCAGGUCAAGAUGGUCAGGAGUACCUGCUGAGGUGCACUGUCUCCAGUCCCACACUACAGCACUCUCUGCCUGCCUACAACAUUCCUUUCCUCUUCUAUAACGAUGCAAUAAAACAAAGCCAGAUGGCAGCACUGACUAAGGAGAGAGAUGGUUUGCGGGUUGCUAUAAGAACCUACAAGUCACUGUUUGAUACCACCAAGCAACUCAUAGAUGAACUGAAAAUUGCAGUGCAUGAAUCUAACAAAGAGAAGAAUCGGCUAAAAGAAGAACUGAAGAGACAAAAUAUCCCAGCUUCACAAGUUCAGACAGUGGAAAGUGUGGAUUCCUUGGUUCAGCAAAGGAUGAGACACCGUGAUCUGUUGCUGAAUACUUCAAGGAGAGUUUGUAGUCUCCAACCAGCUCCCAGACACCCGGAGGUGUUAGGCAGGAUAGCCCACUUGGCCCAGAUCCGUGACCAUGAGGUGGCACGUGUCAUGUCCUGGCACAUGUCCUCUGAUAUGGACUGUAUUGUGACACACACACUGAAAAAGGCAAAAGAAAUCUACCGUGACACUGAUGGCCGGCAACAGGUGCUCUCCAUAGACACUAUGUACAGGAAGAAUCUACCAGACUGGAACAAAGCUCUACCUCAUGUACGCUUCAAACCAACCUGGAAACCACCUGGUAAUCCAAAAUAUGCCAGAGAAUUCCUGGAAUUUCCUAAUGAUCCGGAGAGUUGCAAAACAGUAUUUGGUAGUCUUCUUGGAGAAACCAUAGUCUGUGAUAGCCUGGAGACAGCCACAGCCUACAGGCAGGAGCUUGUCAAGUACACCUACUGCCCAACAAUUCUGAGUCGAGAUGGUGAAAGGAUACGAAGCAAUGGGAAGUUUGGUGGUAGCCUGAACAAGGCACCAGCCAUUGAGAAGAUGAGGGGGGCAGUGUUUGGAGAACCAUUACCAAUAGCUUACCAUGCUGUCUGUACACAGUUAGAAACAUUGCAGAACUUCCGUGCGGCUCUCCAGAAGUAUGAGGAGACCCUGAGUGAGCUGGAGGAGCAUGAAGGGCACCUGAAGGACCCCGAGAUGCAGAUGAAAUAUAAAGAAUGUAGGGAGGCUGAAGAACAGAUGAAAGUUAUUGAACAGAAACUGGGUAUUGGCCAGAUGAAUCUCGGCAAGCGCCCAGUGCCACAAGGUGGAACAGCAGGCAGUAGAUCAGCUACACAAUCAAACCACAGCCCAUCACCAGCCAAACGUCCUCGGGCCGCUCUCUCAGGGUCAAACUCCUCUCCUGUUGUCAAUGGAAAUGGAAUGGUGUCUCUGGUGUCCACAUCGUCCUCCAAUCCUGACUGUCACCACAGCAGUGUGACCUCUGUGCUGUCCCCUACCAGGCAGAGUGCUCGGCUGGCAGCCACAGGGUCUGCCUCACCCUUGACUAACUUACACCUUAAUAAAAGGAUGAAGAAGUCGUGACUGAGAACCACUCUGAUGGUUUGAUGAAUUGUUGAGAAUGUACAAUGAGAAGUUUACUGAUCACAAGUAGUGAAAUAAUCUUCCCCUUGUCAUUGUAUGAUACACCAAAUACCAAUGCUGACAAACCUUAAGUCAUUGUGGAGAAUAGUGGAGAAUUACUCCUCAGAAUCAUUCUGUCAGUGGAAAUUAAAGUUCAUGAUGAAAGAUAUUGUAAAGAAAGACUUGAAGGGUAAAGGCUUCUGAAUGCCUGUAGAAUCCUUCCUGGGAUCAAUAUCUAUUUUUGCAGGUAGAAUUGGAUUAAGCCUAGAUUACAUUUGCCAUGCUGUUUCCAUACAGCGCGUGUGUACUGCCCGUAAAUCCCUUUUCAUGCAGCUUCUGAGCCGAGGCAGAUGGUGGCCAUGUGAAAUUAUAUGAAGUUGCUUGAAUUUACAGACUCUGUAGCCAAGAGGACUUAGUUAAGCAAAAACUUUUGACAAAUUUUGAAAGUCCUAGCCGUAGCAUUAUUGUGCAUGGCAUAGCACAGUUCUAGUACAGGCAUUAUUUGCAGGACUUGAGAUGAUUUUGAUAAUGUUUGCAUCUGUUGUUGGUCUGUUUUCCUUCCACCUUCAGUGGUUUAAGGAGGUGUAAUAAAAGUAAAGAUAUAUAAAACUUAGUGUAAUUCACUAGCAUGAAUUUAGAGUUGUGCGCUUCCUCAUUCUGACCACAUGGGCAUUAAAUAUCUAAGGAAUCUACACUGACAAGAUCACAAUCAUCAAGGAAGCCAUACAGCAGCUGCACUGACACUGAUAGGGCUCUGUACAAUUACUAAUCACUGACAAAAAGAAUUUUUCCUUUGUGCUAAAGGUCAUGUAAGUGAAGUAGCACAGCACCCAUACUAAAUGUAGAAGUUCUUGCCGUGGCCACUUACAGUGUCAUAAUAACCACUCUGAAAAUUGUAUAUGGCAUCCAUGGCAAAUGUGAUCUAGGCUUAAAUGUAAGAAUUUUUUCACAAUGGUUAAAUCUAUCAGUUGUGAAAAAGUAUACUAGGAAAAUCAGCAAACAACUAUCUGAAUUUAAAUGGGUGUAAAUUCAUCUAAUUUAAAAGAUUUUAUUUUUAACAGUAUUUUGUAGUUAUUAUUAAAUUCAUUAAUGUUUAUCCAUUUUUAAUUUGAUGGUCAUAUUGUUAUGUCUUAUAUUUUUCUGCUAAAAGUUGUUUUUGUAUAAUUAAUGUUGAUUCAGCGAGAAACUCCAACCCAAGAAUAUGGUUGAAAUAUAUUAAAAAUGCAAAGUGAGCAUUUUCACAAGUGUUGUUGGGUUACUUGAAGUGAUGAAAGUUGAUAAGAGGUUAUAAAAUUGCCAUUCCAACAGACUUGAUAAUCUGCAUAUCUGACAUUUGGACUUCUUAUAACUAAGGUGCAUACAACUUUUUGCUUAAAUAUUGGAACCCAGUCGUCUACCAUGCACAGUUUAACCUCCCAGGUUAUGAUGCUCUGAUUUUUAUUAAAUUGAAAAACUUUGUGGGAGUUCCCAUUUUUCCUAUUCUUUUGAGAUUAUUCCUAUUUUUUCCUAUUUUUCCAAUUUUUUAAUCUAGAAAUGAUGUUAUAUGCCAAGUCAUGUCGGUUAAAUUGUGAAAUAAAAUCUUGACACCUCAGUUAAUAUUUAACUGUUUAAUAUGAAGGUUAGGAGAAGUUUGGCAAAGAUAUUAACUAACUGUGCUUGGACCUAUUUACGAAAACUUAAUUUGACAGUAAAGAUCCAUGCCCCAAAAUGAGAUGUUUAGAUGACUACAUGUGUGGAAUAUGCUGAAGUUCACUGGCCAAGCAUCAGACCUGGACCUGCAGUGGGAUGCCACAUGCAAGUUCAUCAAAACACUGACCAAGGAUGAGAAGAAAGUAUUAUAAUCCAUCAACUACAAAAGAACAACAGUUUGUACUGUGAUUUGUUUGUGCUUGUAGAAAUAUGUAGAAACUUUUUGCAAACUCCAUUACUGAAAACUUCUUAGCUGCAGGCCCUCGCCUCACCUUUCAGUGUAUUCCAUGUGCACAGGAGAUUGUGGAGAGUAGGUUUAAUCCUGUACUGAUAUAUGCAAUAUGAAGUGAAGAUUGUAGAAUUAUAAAAAUAGUUACAAACAAUUUGAAGCUCUUCACCAGUUUUUCUCAUUUUUUUCUUAUAAUGAAAUUAGAUAUUUGUAAGUUGGUUAAUUAAUUUUUACUUGUAUCCUAUUUGUAACCUUUUUUGACUUUGACUCUCAGAAAGCUCUAAUGGGCAGUUCCUUGUAUCUUCUACCAUACUGAAAAUAGUUCAGAGCUGAGAAAAAAAAUGGGUAUGCAAACAAUGAGAGAAAGGGUUAAAACUGGCCAAAUCAUUCACAAUUCUUGUUGCAGUGCUUGCUACAAGUAUUUUCUUGUUCCUGCAAUGAAAUUGCUGUUUAGGUUGUUAAUUCCCAUUAGCUAUCACCAACCCACACAGCUCUAAAUAGCAAAUGGCAAUUGUUGCUUAAGAAUCCUGGAAAAGUAUCUCAGCAAAAUAGUCAGCAGUAGGGACAAAAGAAAGUUGUUCAGUGAAAAACCUCAUUAUUUAUAGAUGAAAAUCAAAAACCACAAAAUGUUAAAAAGUGAUGUUUUUGACAAUUUAUGUUGUUUUGACUACAUAAUAGCACAGUGUAUGGAAUGUAUGUUAAAUGUUAUGAAAGAUGUUACAGUACUGUUACAGUAUCGGUUAUAAAGUUAACUGUGUUGUUGUUUAAAAGUUUUUUCGACAGAUGAUUGUUGUUACACUAAAUUGUGUUAUUUACUAUUAGUAAGGGCAUCUUUACUUUAGUAAAUAACACAAUUUAGUGUUAGACCAGUAUGUCUUUAGGGUUGUUUAGAGGGUAUCUUUCUUGCAGAAUAAUUCCUAUUUUUUCCUAUACUUUUGCAAGAAAAUUCCUAUUUUUUUGUAAUUUUCAAAUAUUUUUUUCCUAUUUUCUGAAAGCCCGUAUAACUUGAGGCCCAGACCUAGGAAAUGUUGCCAUUUCUUUCCAAUCAGUGGUGAUAAUUCAUGGUCUCAGGUUGUAAGUAAAAAUGGACAUGUAUUUACAGCUUCAUAAUUUUUUCAGUCUUUGUUUUUAAACUGAAGUAGGCCGUCUGUGUAUGAACUGAAAAUGGCUUGUAGAUUUCCACCAGAAAGUUUCACAUGAGAUGUACACUAUGAAAUUGUUCACUUUAAUAAGUUUGCUGAGAUUUUCAAUGACUGCUACGUUCAAAAUGCUGAAUAAAAGGUGAUGAAAUAUUUCAAAACCGUUUUUAACAUUCCUCAUUUGCAUCGGGGCAUGGAAAUCUCCAGAAUUUGAUAUUCAUACUGGUCUAUAAUGCAUUGCAUACACUUCAAGAAUAGUUAUUAUAAGAACAAAAGGCACCUGUCAGAGAUUCACCGUGUGAAGGGUUCUGUAAGGGUAUAUGAUCGUCUUAAAAUGAGGUUCUUCCUGCAUCUAAUUAGCACAUAAUGCAUCUACCUU